AUGGGGUAUCCACCACCACACAUGAAUGGCCACAUGCCUCAGCCCUACCACCAACCAUAUGGUCAGUGGUACCCUCCUUACGGACAUACUAUGCAGCCCCCUCCGCGGCCGCAAUACCAACAGCCGCACUAUGGUCCUAUGAUUGUAUCUUCAUAUCCUCAUGCGCAGCCUGUAAUGGCUCCCACACAUCUACCGCACCAUUCGAUGCAUAUGCAACAAAGAACUGCGACUCCGCAACAGCCGAUCAUGACUCCGCCCGUCCUGCUUCCUUCGAUGUCGCCCAUGCAGCCAGAAAUGCAGACACCCCCGCCCCCUCUGCCUCACCCAGUUCAGGGAUACCCCGUUGCUUCUCCAUCGCCACGUUGGGAACCCAAGGUUAACGUCCCGCCCAAACCUGCUUUUGCCCCACCUGUAAGUUGUAUUCUCCCGCGGUUCACCUUUCCACCUCGGUCUUCUUUCAAUUUUCUGACCAACGCCAUACAGCUUCCAUGGCUCUCUGUUCCAGAACAAUCAUUCCCAGCUAGAAUCCCAAGCAGGCGUCGCAAGGGCCGUGUGAUGCAAUGCUCCGUCGAACUACCUUCUAAGGAUGCCAACAACAUUACAGAGGCUCCUAGCUACGAGAACAAGAUCUCCCAAGCGCCUGCGCAGGAGGCAUCAGAGCCCCAAACACCGACAACGUCUUUCCAACAAUCGGAUACCGACUCGACACAGCCCACCACUCCCUCGUCGGUUGCAAAAUCCCAGGGUCACUCCAAACCCUCCAAGCAAGCAACUGCACCAGUUGUUCCAGCUGUUCCACAUGUGCCAGCCACCCCGCGUCGUCACGCCAGAGACAGCAGCAGCGUCGCAUCCGGCACACCCAAAUCUACCACCGCUCCUACUCCCGCGCCAGCGGCAGAGACAGAUUCUACUACUGCCCCGGAAGCCAAGAGCCCCAUUACGCCUGCCGCACCCAAGUCUUGGGCUGAUUUGAUGCGCCCUUCGGGCUCGGCGAAGACACCGAGCGCCGCUGCAGCUUCGUCCGAAUCGACAGGUCUGCCGACACAGAAGAACGAAAACCUCGCUGAGGUUCUGAGUGGGCUCGGAGAAGACGUUACACAAUAUAGCGACAAGAUUGCGUUCCUUGAACCUCGUGGUCUGGUCAACACUGGAAACAUGUGUUACAUGAACUCUGUUCUUCAGAUUCUUGUCUCCUGCACCCCAUUCUACCAAUUCCUUGAUCACCUCGGCCGACGUGCUGCCCACAGCUUUAAUACCGAUCUUCCUGUGAUCGACGCAAUGAUCAUGUUCAUGAAAGAAUUCCGUGUCAUUGACGCCGCUACUUCGGAGGAUCAGUUGCGCCUCAGAUUAAAAGCCAACGAGCUUGAGCAAUAUGGCGAUUCUUUCGCCCCCGAAUUCGUCUACGAAAUUGUUCGUCAGCUGCCACGCUUUAGGGACAUGCGCCGUGGGCACCAACAAGAUGCCCAGGAGUUCCUGGGUUUCCUUCUCGAAGAAAUGCAUGAAGAAUGUGCCCGUGCUGAGAAGCACACUGCGUCAAAGCAGGAGGGUGACGAAUCUGCUGUUGAUGGUUGGUUGGAAGUUGGCCACAGACAGAAAGCAGCAGUUACCCAAAUGUCCGGUUCGCUUUCCAGCGAGUCCCCCGUGACUCGUAUCUUCGGGGGCAAGCUUCGAUCAGAAUUCAAGGUUCCCGGCAACAAGACCUCGGUUACCCUGGAGCCAUAUCAGCCUUUGCAACUCGACAUCGGGUCGCAUGAUGUCCACAAUAUUCUUGAUGCGCUCAAAGGAUUGACUAAGCCCGAAAGCAUUCAGGGCGAUUUCAACUCGUCACGUGGCUCAAAUGUCACUGCAACCAAGCAGAUCUUCAUUGAAACACUGCCCCCUGUUCUGAUUCUUCACCUGAAGCGCUUCCAGUACGACAGUCUCACCGGAGCCACCCAAAAGAUCUGGAAGAAGGUCGGAUACCCUCUCGAACUGGAUCUUCCUCGGGAAGUCUUCCCUGUCCAUCGUCGCAAUGCCAUGGCUGCGACAGGUCCGCCAAAGUACCGACUGAUGGGCGUUAUUUACCACCACGGAAAGAAUGCCAGCGGUGGUCAUUACACUGUCGAUGUUCGUCGCCAGGAAGGCCUGGAAUGGAUCCGCAUGGACGACACUGUCAUUCGUCGUGUCCGCAGCGAAGACGUUGCUGAAGCUGGCGGUGAAGAAGACCCCAAGGCUUUGGCGGCGGCCCUUGAGCAGCACAAGCACAGCAAAACCCCGAACGGCAACAUCUUUGAUCACAUUGACCAGGACGACAUGGACUUGGCCGAUAACGAUAAGGGAUGGAGCCAAGUCAAUGGCAACGGCACCAAUGGGCAUGCUAGUAAGAAGUCUGUGAAUGGAAUCCCUCCUUCUGGCCCUUCCUCUGGAGUGCGCACUCCGCUCGGCCGUUACGGCUCUCGCGACAACAAGGUCGCCUACCUUCUGUUCUACCAGCGCAUGGACUGA